CCCCGUGUGCGGACCUGCACAUGGGAAUCGCUUUUUGACAUAUUUGUCCAACAACUUUGCUAUUGCCUUCAAAAUGCACUUUACACACGAGCUGGAGCUUUUCCCCAACAAGAGAGUGACCCAGUUGCUUUUCACAGAAGUCAGAAACGCGGCAGAGUUGAGACAGAGAGCGGUGGAGGGGAAGAUAGACGGCGCUCUGAUCAACCCCAGCAUGGUAGUAGAUCCCUUUCAAGUGCUGGUGGCUGCAAAUAAAGCCGUCCACUUACAGACAACUGGGAAGAUGAAGACCAGAAGUUUAAACUCGGAGAUAAUCUACAACCUGUCACCUACUAAUAAUAUCUCGGAGGCCUUUAAACGAUUUGGGAUCUCAGAUGGGGACGAUUCUGUGCUGGUGGUUGUGGUUCACAACAAAGAUGAGCAGCAGUUUCUGUCAGACGUACCGACCAUGGUGGACGGGCAGCAGGUCCCGGCGGGGGACGUCUCCUGCCUGUCGGACCUCGCCAAGAUCAAAAAGCUGUACAAGAUCCCUCCUCAAGAGGAGAAGGUGGGGAGUCUUCUGGACGCAGUCGUGUGUAGGAUGGCCACCAAGGACGUCCUGUAGCCCACCGGGACUUGAUACCAGAACAUGUCGGUUCCAGCUGGGAAGUUAUUGUGUUUUUAUUUGGAAAUAGUUUUUUUUCUUCAUCAUUUUCCAGACGUCGAUCUGGCUCUCAAAGGAGACCUAAAUCUGUCAUGUUUUCUGAACUCAGUUUACAAGUUUUUUUGCUUCGUUGGACAUGUUUGUAAUGUUGCUUCUCGGAUCUGUUCUGCAUCCCAGCCGUACCGAGCAGUAAAACGGUUCCAUCGUCACAAGUUUCUGCUGCAACUUCUCACUUUUCUAACAACGUUGUGUUCGGUGGCAGCCGUUUAUAACGUGGACUUGCAUUAAUAAUGCGAGGGCUCCUGACAGCAGGGGGCCGUGAUGCGAACACGGUCCCGGGCCCGGCUGGUCUGAAUAAUAGAUCCAAAGCGCUUUCGGGCCAAACACAAGAGACGUCUCUGGUGGAUAGAAAAAACAACGCCUUCCCACAUCCACAAGGCUGACAUGAAAGAUUUGAGCUUCAAACGCAGUCACAGGAAUUAUUAAUAAAGUGGUUGUUGGACUUUUUGACAGCAAUUCUUUUAUUCUCUUAAAUGAACAUGAAUACGCUGGUUUUUAAUCUAAAGUUUAAUGAACUUUGAAAAAAUUAAAUGUCAGAAAAUCAUUUGACUCGUCAUUUUAGUUAAUUGUUUAAUAUUGGAUACACUAGAAAAUAGAAAGUAAUUAAAAUAUUUUCCUUCACUUAUCUUAUGAGUAGUUUAUCUGUAUAAGUGUAUAAAAUCAUGUGGACGUGUUCAGUAAUCCGUCAGUCCAGAGACGGACAAGCUGCUU